AUGAGCGCAACCCCGUUUCAUCGUUCCAUCCUCGAGGUCCGGCUACCAAAGCACUUUGAUAAGCCGACGGACAUGAGGUACGCCGGAACCCAGGACCCCCAGGAACAUCUUACGGCCUUCGAGGCCAGAAUGAACAUGGAGGGAGUAGGCAACGAAGUAAGGUGUCACGCGUUUCCGGUCACUCUGGCAGGACCUGCAAUACGGUGGUUUAACAGCCUCCCACAGGGCUCUAUUACCAGGUUUUCAGAUAUUAGCCACGCUUUCCUAGCCCAAUUUACUACCAGAAUCGCAAAGGCAAAGCACCCGAUCAAUUUACUCGGGGUGACUCAGAGAUCCGGCGAGCCAACUAGAAAAUAUCUAGACUGGUUCAACGACGAGUGCUUGGAGAUCGACGGGCUAACUGAUUCGGUAGCUAGCCUAUGUUUGAUGAAUGGACUUCUGAACGAGGACUUCAGGAAGCAUCUCACCACGAAGCCGGUAUGGACGAUGCAGGAAAUCCAAAGCGUAGCCAGGGAAUAUAUCAACGAUGAAGAAGUCAGUCAAGUCGUGGCUGCCAAUAAGCGGCAGCCCUCCUACAAUCAACCUCGGCAGCACGGGGGUGGAGAAAGGCAGAAGGAGCACGCCAGAGACGGCGGUCCAGGCAAGACAUCCAGGCCAUUUUCUCGGGUCGGGAAGUUCACCAAUUACACCCCUCUCACCGCCCCAUCAUAG